ACAUUCGACUCUCAAGACGAAAACAUGCGUGUCCAGUGCAGCUUGUUGCCAAAAGAUUUCUACCGGACCUUCUACGAAACUUCGGCCACUCUAAGUCGCUAUGUGACUGUUGACACUCACGUGAAGCAUCGCAAGAGGAAGGAUCUAAAGAUGGAUGAUCGCAACGCCUUCCAGGCUGUUGCGGUUUUCUCUCUUGACCAAAACAUGUUUCUGGAAGAAAUCGAGAGGCACCUCGUAUGGAAUCAAAAGAAAAUCCCAUCUGCAUAUAUAUCGGUUUUCAACGGUAUCGGUAAGUAUCAUGAUCAAGCUCAGCGCAUCGGACAGCGUGUAAGCGUCGCCAAAAUACACACUAAGGGCCUCAUUCCUGCCACUAUACGCGCAGAGUGUGAAACAACUGUCAAAGUUUUCACCCAAACUUACGUGCUUGGAGAAAGCGUGAAAAUCAAAAGUUACUCUCGACAAGUCGACAUUCCCAUAUGGAUCCAUAAGAAAGCAAUGGAGCAACACGGCCGUACUAUCACACCUGAGCAGUUGAAGAAAUCCGGCGCGGAUAUGUGGUUGUCCAUUACGGAACUUCGCAUGUCGAACCUCAAGGUAGCGGGGCCCACAUUCAACAAGACCAGAGAUGUGAUCUGCGCAAAAGGACACGACUACGAGUGGCUCUGUUGCGGCGGCAUUCCCAAGUCAAUAAUCGAGGGUGUUUAUCCUUGGGAUGGCAAGGUAUUACACAUGACUGACCCUGGCCAUCCGAUUCGAAGUUUCGAAAACAGUGGUCAGCCUUGGGUCUGGAGUUGGAAAAAGGAGAUUUGGCUCCCGGAGUUGUUUUCAGCCUCUGCAAAUGCUGCCCAGAGUGAAGGUUCCAACACCAAGCGCCAGCGUACUGAUGAAGAGGCGGUCAUCCAGGAUAAAAACAAGAAGACAAAGGUUUCUGAGUGCUCUAAAGCACGCCCGCUGCUCUCAAUGAGUGCCGUUCAUACGAUCUGGUCUGAGCUUUGA